GUGGACGUUCAACUCACAAGAAGGCGGUCCCGUGACUUGUUCGGGGCUCUCGCUCUCCUACCACAGCUUCUCUUUUCCCCUUCCACCCCGCCAUUCUUUUCUUUCCUUCCCCCUCCCCAAUCCCUUCCUCCCACUCCAUCACCGUUUCUUCGGUCCUGUUUGCGCAGGCGGUGUGUUUUGGCUUCGUGCCUUCCGUCCGUACUCUUUACGGCUUUGCGUCGUGCGACGACGUAGAGCUACGCUCGGUGACGAUCCAGCCAGAUGGCUUCUACCGUCAACUCGGUGUCGGCUGCCAACAGUGCGUCUGGCAAUGCCGUAAAUCCCCAGAAUCCCGGUACUAGACCUUCAUUGAGAUCCAGUGCUAGUACGAAGGCAUCGGAGGGCGGCCGGCGUCAGUCCGGCAGUCCUCUCGAGAGCGGGCAGAGGCGCAGUAACUCCCAAAAAGCUUGGUCCCACGGCGCAAACCCCAUCACACAGCGGGCCUCCUACUCACAGCAGAACGGCAACAUGUCUCACAAACAGUCCGCCUCUCCUCGACCGUCUCCUAAGGAGUCAAACACCCCCGAUAACCACGCAAAUGAUCGUCUUGUUUUCUUGUUUGCUAGCUUCAUUGGUUUGAAUGCUACGAUUACCACGAGGAAUGGGGAUAAAUACACGGGAAUUUUUUCGUCCUCGACGCUGGAGCCUAGCGACUGUUCGUUCGUACUCAAAAUGGUGCAACGGCCAACCAAGGCGGAUCAGAACAAAGCGAACGGGGUUAGUGAUGUCUCAAGCCCGUAUAUGGGGUCGGCGCCGGAUCAUAGCAUGUCCUUCGAUGUCAAGGACGUGGUCGAUAUUUCAGUCCCGAACGUCACCCCGGCCGAUGUUACAGCAAAGAGCGCGAAUGGAACUCCUGUAGGUUUCAAAACGGAUACCGACAUUUCCGGAAAUCUUGCGAUUCGCGAGCGGACUCUCAAGCGCUGGGAGCCUGCCGCCGACACCGACGUCGACCUCUCUCUCGAAAGCGCACACAAUUCAACUGGGUGGGAUCAAUUCGAAGCAAAUGCCAGGCUCUUCGGUGCUACUAGCAGUUACGAUGAGAACAUCUACACAACUAGAAUCGAUCGGUCAGACCCUACCUAUAAGCAGAAGGAAGCCGAUGCUGCUCGAAUUGCUCGUGAAAUCGAAGGCGCUACUACAGAUAAUGCACAUGUUCGUGAGGAAAGAGGACAGGUAUCGGCAGAUGAUCAUGAUGAGGAAGCUAAAUACAGCGGUGUUCGUCGUGAUGAGAGGAGCUUCCCGCCGCUCGUUUCGGGGCAGCCGAACAAGUACACUCCGCCAGCGCGCAGGCAAAACGCCGCUCAAUCUGCCAUGGCCUCGGGAGCUCCUGCAAGCUCUAUCAAGCAGGCUCCUAGUACCCCGAAAGAGGCUGUUGCCGCAGGACCGCCCAAGGAGAAUGGGCAGGCCCAGGCUCAGCCCGCGCCGCCCAGUAUAACAGCAAGCUCCACUGCCGAUACGGAGCCAAAGCCUGCAUUGUCCAAGACUACAUCUGGUGCCCCGGCUCCUGCAAAUGCUACAUCGAAUGUGGAGGCCGAGGUGCUCGACUCUUUCCGGCAAUUCGCCCACAGUGAAAAGGCGAAGUUGCAAGAACGCCGUCGUAACCAGGCUUCAUAUGAUCGAACCAUUAAGCUGAACGAACUUAUGAAGUUCUCCAAGAACUUCAAAUUGGCAACGCCUGUGCCCAAGGAUUUGGUUCCCAUCCUAGCUAAAGACCCGCACAAACAGGAAGAGAUCAUUCAAAGAGCUCAGCAGCACGCUGAGGAGAAAGUCGUGACCAAGUCCCCAGCAAGUGCUGAUCCGAAGCCCGCUGCUCGCCCAUCUGGAAGUGCCCGCCAGGAAAGCGGAACUAUGCCACCUCCUGCGCAGUCUGACCGCCCGAACUUUCCUCGGGGUCGUCAAAUGCUUCCCCCAACCGGUCCGCAUGCUGGACCUGGUGGGCGGCUUCCGCAGCAGCCAGUGCACCAGGGCCGUCAAGCCACUGGUAUGCUCGGCCAUCGUUUAGCAGACAACAUACAGCAGCGGAAGGGAGCCGCGAUGGGAGCUGUUCCCGCUCCCUUGCCUAUCAACGAAGUUCGUAUUCCCCCAACUGGCCCAGCUGGCGAGCAGCCUGCUGUUACUAGUCCGAAUAAGGUGCAGACACCAACUUCGUCCGUGUCGACCAAAUUCAACGUGAGGGCCCUGGAGUUUAAGCCAAACCCUGCCGCAAGUACCUUUACACCCGGUGCUUCAUCCACCUCAUCUCCUUUCACCCGAGGACGCUCCGUCUCACGGACCACUAGCCCCUCGUUGUUCUUUGGAGCGAAGAAGCCAAGACCGAUUUCUGAGAGGCCGUCCCUUAACGAUCAGUUCAACCCUAUCAAGCGCAUGAAGAAGGAAAAUGCGGAGCAGAGUGAUAAGGGCUUCGCCUUCAAUGGAGGCAUCCCGCCCGCUUACAGGACCCCCCCUACUUGGGAUGCCGCUCCCGGAAAUGAAGAGAAGACAUACCUGGAAAUGUUCAAGCCGCCUGCUUCUGUGCCGGCUAUCUCUCCUCAAAGCCGGUCUGCGUCGAAUCCCCAGAUGCCUCCGCCGCAGAUGCCGUUCCAGUUCCCACAGAACACUCCUGGCAUGCCUCCCACUACUGGUCCACCGCACGGACCUCAUCUACACCCUCAGCAGCAUCACAAUACCGGGCCCCCACACUUUGACGAUCCCCACCGCAUGCAAAUGUCAGCCUCGACCUCGCAAGUGUUUCCAUCGCCAAGACUACAGCACGGUUAUCCAUCCCCCAUGGCGCCACAUGCACAGCUUGCAUUCGGACAAGCCAUGCCACAAUUUUAUGUCAGCCAGGCCGCCCAACAGCCUGGACAUAUGAGGCAUUACCCGGGCGGUCCUCAAUUCGUCAACCCCCAACCAACCAUGGGCGCUCCAAUGAUGGUUCAACAGCCGUCUAGCGGACCAUACAUGGGUGUCCCUCAGGGCGUGGCCCCCUAUACACCUCAGAUGCAGAUGUAUUCCCCAAACCCUAGCCACGCGUAUCCCCAGCAUGUGCCACCGCCCCAACCUCACAGUGGCUAUCCCAGUCCCAGUCGGGGUGCUCCCAUGAUGAUGCACCAGAACUCUCAGCCGGGUCAGCCCCCGCAACCGGUGAUGUUUAUGUCCCCUGGGCAGCAUGGCCAACCCGUGUAUCCAACGCAGCAGCCAAGCCACAUGCCCCCGGUCCGCGGCAAUUAUCCUCAGCAGCAGCCCCAUUUCCAGUCCAGUCCCCACCAAGUGCACCAUUACCCACCUCACCAGCAUCGGACGCCUAGUAGCGGCUACAACCAAUUGCCACAGAUGCCUCCCCAAAUGCCUGCUCAACCCCCGUCUACUGUCGCAUCUGGACCUCAACCGCAAGAGGCAGCAGAUGAAGUGAAAUGAACCAUCCCCGCUUGACAAGCGUGAGACGCCAUAUCGCUGGCUCAGCGACCUGACCAAACCACCGCCGUUCCUCUUUGGAAAUUCAGGCUUCACUUGGACGUGAACUCCAGUUGUUCACCGUUGGCGACUCAAAUCGUCUCGCGUCGACCAACAACCUCACUAUGUUUACCAAAGCUAUCUGUACUUUGUACGUAUGCGCU